UCGUCGCAACCGCCAGGUGGGAACAGAAGGAAUCAGCAUGAAGAGCAAGCGUCACAACAUCCGGUCGAUGGUCCGCGGCGGGUCGAGGCGGCCACCGGCAUCGUACAUGCAACACUACCACCAGGUCGAGGCGACAGCGCCCCUGCAGAUGCGCAAGGUAGCCAAGAGCAAGACGAGCGCCAAGAGCGUCGCUCUCUCGUCCAUGCCGCCGCCAGCGCCCACCGCCGCACCUGCCGACUCGGCUGCGUCCAUGGUCGAGCUCCCGGUCAAGGACUACCUUGCCCUCUUGGAAAAGCAGCAGCAGGUCAUUCGCCAGGAGCCUCCGCAUGCGUUUGUUGUCAACGCGCUUGAGAUGGAGGGUCAGGCCGGUGAGGAAGCGGUGACAUUUGUGAUGCAUCUCGAGGUCGAGGUCCUGACGGAGAUGGGCAAGUGGACGACGGUGCCGCUGCUGCCGACGACGAUGACGCUGCUCUCGGCUACGUUUGAGCGGAACGGCGAUCGGGUGCCCGGGGCGCCCGGAGUGACUGCGCCCAAUGGUGGCGACGGCGACGACGACAUUGUGUACGAGGACGGGAUUGUGGGUGUGAGUGGCUCGCGAUUUGUGCUCUUCACAUGCGUGCCGGGCGUGUACUCGGUUCACAUGGAGAUGCUUGUCCCGUUCACCAGUCAGCGCAAGAACUCGACGAUGGUCAGUGGGCUGCCGCGGGCGACGCGCAACAUGCUGACGUUUAUGCACCCGGAGGCCGGACUCAAUGUCACCAUCCAGCCGAGCCUGCGGACGACCAUCGAGUCGAGCGUGGCGUCGACGACGGUGCGGACGGCGUUUCCAGCGUCGACGACGCUCAACAUCCAGUGGACGCCCAGUGAGACCGGCGUGGCCUCGACGCCGAUGUCGUCGGUCCUCUCGUCGGCGCUCGGCGGAGUGCGGUCAGAGGGCUCCGAGUCCGACUCGGAGCCAACAGUGCCGUCCGACUCGCUGUUUGUGGCGCCCGAGGUGCGUGAGGAGCGGCGGGCGGUGGUGACGGUCGACCAAAACCACCUGCUCACCGUCACCGAGGGUGUGCUCUUCUGCUCGUCGAGCUUUGAGUACACCAUCCUGCACAACGGCGUCUCCACGUUCCACAUCGACAUUCCGUCGCAGGUUCGGGUCCUCGCCGUCUCGGGCUCGGUCGCGGUCCGCAAGUGGGAGGUGGUGCCUGCGGCCGAGCUCGAGCCCGAAACCGACGACGACGCCGACGGGCGGGGCGGCAAGGCUGAGGCCGACGACGACAGCAACAAGUUUGUGCUCAUCGUCAGCCUCCGCUACCCCAAGGAGUCGACGUUCACGCUCCGAUUCGAAUCCGAGGUCGAGAUGAAGCGUCGCUCGCAGGUCGUCAAUGUGCCCUCGUUCCACUGCCGCGGCGUCGUCCGCGAGAAGGGCUACAUCGGCGUCACCGUCCGCUCCAACGUCGAGCUCUCGCAGCAGCACUUGGCCGGGCGGGCCAUCACCAAGAUCGAUUCGCGCGAGUCGCCACCGGCGGUUCAAAGCAUGGCGGCGUCACAGCCGAUCCUCCUCGCCUACAAGUUCCUCGCGACUCAGUACGACCUGCAGAUCGGGGUGACCAAGCACGCCGACGUUGCCGUCCUUGUUGCCAUCAUCGAGAACGCCGAGGUCCUCAUCACCGUCACCGAGGAGGGCAAGCUCCUCUACGAGACCGUGUGUACUGUCCGCAACAACUCGCGUCAGUACCUGCGGAUGGAGCUGCCUGACAGCGCCGAGGUGUGGACGACUGCCGUUCGCUCGGCCCCGGUCAAACCGGCCGAGGACGCGCAGCAGAGGCUCAUUGUCCCCAUCCCCAAGUCCAACGAUGCAUUUAUGGUCAAGGUCACGUUCCUCGUUCCCGACGAGCCCAUUGCUGACCGUGGCACCGUCCGUGUCCCGUUGCCCAAGUUUGAUCUUCCGGCGAUGGUCCUCCGGGCAACCAUCUACGUCCCGCAGCUUGACACUCUCAGCUACCAGGAGCCCGAUGGCGACAUGCUCCACGUUCCGUCGUACACCUUUCACGCCGGCUCUUCGACAUAUCAACCGUCGUACACCCCGCUCGAAGACAUGGUCAUGCAGGGCCCGACUUCCAACGUGAUGUACUGGGACAGCCAAGUCAGGCACGACAGCAAUGUUGCAUUUGGCGGCGGUGGUGGUGGCGGUGGCGGCGCAUCGGCGGCAGGCAUCAUCCCCAUGGACGUCACCGCGCCCAAGGUUGGCACCGCCAUGCGCUUUGAGCGGCUCGUCUAUCUCACCGAGGAGCCUGUCCUCACCGUGGCUGUCCCUUAUCGCCCGGCUCCUACCGGCUUGAGCAAGCUUUUUGGCUGCUGCUGACGGGACAGACCGCUCGCACUCAAACUGACCGCACAUGCUCAGGCACAACAAACGACAAUAGCUGUA